UAUUUAUUUGCACAGUUCAUUACAGGACUCAGAGCAGCUGGAUAGAAGUGGCAGAGCUUCCUAAGUCAGAGAGAAACUUCCAAAGCGAGGCUCCCAGAGGAAAAUGGGCACCAAAGGCAAAGUUAUUAAAUGUAAAGCAGCUGUAGCCUGGGAAGCAGGCAAGCCCCUUUGCAUCGAAGAGGUUGAGGUCGAUCCCCCCAAGGCUCAUGAAGUUCGCGUUCAGAUCAUUGCCACUGCUGUGUGCCACAGUGACCACCAUCCCAUUGACCCGAAAGCUGAGGAGACGUUCUUACCAGUGAUCCUUGGCCACGAGGGUGCCGGGAUUGUGGAAAGUGUUGGGCCAGGAGUGACCGGCUUCAAACCAGGUGACAAAGUAAUUCCACUCUACACGCCUCAAUGUAAAAAGUGCAAGCUGUGUCUGAGUCCACUCACAAAUUUGUGUGAAAAAAUCACUCUAGCCAAAGGUCCUGCUUUUCGUCAAGAACUAAUGGAAGACAAUACCUCCAGGUUUACCUGCAAAGGAAAACCCAUUUACCAUUUCUUUGGGAUCAGUACCUUCUCUCAGUACACCGUAGUGUCAGAUAAAAAUCUUGCCAAAAUUGAUGACGAUGCAAAUUUAGAGAGAGUUUGUCUGCUUGGAUGUGGGUUUUCAACUGGCUAUGGAGCUGCACUCAACACUGCCAAGGUCACUCCGGGUUCUACCUGUGCCGUCUUUGGCCUAGGCGGUGUCGGUCUUUCUGCUAUAAUGGGUUGUAAAGCAGCAGGAGCUUCCAGGAUCAUAGCUAUUGACAUCAACAGUGAGAAGUUUACAAAGGCCAAAGCCCUUGGAGCCAAUGACUGCCUCAAUCCUAGAGACCUAGAUAAACCUGUCCAGGAGGUCAUCAUCGAAAUGACCAAUGGAGGCGUGGAUUUUGCCUUUGACUGUGCAGGUGGAUCUGAAGUCAUGAGAGCAGCCCUGGACUGUGUAAGAGUAGGUUGGGGAUCAUGUACUCUCAUUGGAGUAGCCAUGGGUGACAAAGGAUUGACUAUUUCUCCACUGGAGCUAAUAAUGGGCCGGACUAUAAAUGGAACAGCAUUUGGCGGUUGGAAAAGUGUCGAUUCUGUUCCAAAGCUGGUCACUGACUACAAGAAUAAGAAAUUCGAUCUGGAUGCAUUGGUGACCCACACGCUGCCUUUUGACAAAAUCAAUGAGGCAUUUGACCUCUUGCACCAAGGAAAAAGCAUUCGGACAGUGCUGAUCUUUUGAAGACACCAGGCACAAUCUGGAACGCUAUCUGACUGAAUCUGAACCUGUCUGGUUGGUUCGAUAUGACGAAUCCAGGAUCACCAUGAGGUUAAACAAAUAUUCACAGUUCACAUCUCAAAAUCAAAUGUCUGUAAACAUUACAGCAUUUCUAUCCAUAAAAUACAGGAAUAUGUCCUAUGUUAACUAUGAUAACUGAUGUGUUUAUGAAUGGCAUCAUGAUGAUGUUUGGGAAUUGUUUAAACUAGUUCUGGAGAGAUGGGAGUGGGGAGUGAAGGGCAAUAAAUAAAACUAGAUCAGC